CAGCAUUAAUCAAACAUUUAAACCAGCUCCAGCCUGCAGGAGAGCGCAACCAGUAAAGUUAACGAGUUCAACAAUGCCUCUAAUAGUCACGCUGCUUUUGUUCUCACUGGUUUCUCAGUGUUGGACUGCUCCACAGAGGAGAAACUGGACUCCUCAGGCGAUCUUAUACCUAAAAGGAGCACAGGGACACCGCUCAUUUUUGGAGCGCACCAGAAGAGAGGAGGAAGGCGCUUUUCAAUCAGGGACUCACAACCAGAGCAGCAAUGGCCCGGGAUCGUCUUUGGUUUUAUCCAUUCUUCUGGAACUCCUGCAGCGAGCUGUAGUAGAAGAUGCAGGCAAUCCGAAUCAUUACCUGAACAAUCAGGAGGUGAAUAUAACCUACUUGUGAAGAUUCAUCAGAGACCACUUCUAAAUUUUUCUGUUUCUUAAAU